AUGCCCAUGGGGCCAUUGUGUCCGCGUAGUUGGGCACUCUGUCUGUUCUUCUUUGUGUCGGCUACCUGGUCAUUCUACAUCCCUGGAUACUCGGUCACCCGGUAUAAUGAUGGCGAGGCAAUCCCUCUGCUUGUAAACAAGAUCUUCUCCGACCACACCCAACUUCAAUAUGCCUACUUCGACCUCCCCUUCGUCUGUCCUCCGAGCGGCAAUAAGCAUGGUGGAUCCCCCUUCGGAUCAGGUCAAAGCAUCUCGCUCAAUCUCGGCGAGGUGUUGCGUGGCGACCGUAUCAUGACAUCCGAUUUUGAGCUUGAGAUGGGCAAAGAUGUGGAAUGCCAAUCCCUGUGUUCGGCCGAGGUCGGUCGCGAGAACGUGAAAUGGGCCCGCCAGCUCAUCAAAGAGAACUAUGUCAUUGAGUGGAUUGUCGACAACCUGCCCGGCGCAACGAGCUUUGUGACUGUCGACCGCAGCCGCAAAUAUUACGCCUCGGGUUUCAAGCUCGGCUAUCGCGACAUCUCUCCCGCUACUGGCCGUUCGCGCUACUUCUUAAACAACCAUUUCACCAUUGUUAUUCGCUGGCGAGGAGUCCCGGAGGGAGGGAAGGUUAUUGUUGGCUUUGAGGUAUACCCGAAGAGUAUCAGUGCAGAGGAUCGCUUGGAAGGCGGUUGUCCGAAGGAUGUGCACAAGCAGCAGGAUGGUCUGGGUCUGUUCAUUGCACCGGACAUGUCGCGACUUCGAGAGAAGUACGCUGGUCUUUCUUACAUCCCGGAAGACGAUGAGGAUGACGAUGGAGCCACGCUGAAGAUCCCGUAUACCUAUUCUGUUUACUUCCGGGAAGAAAAUAAAGUCGACUGGGCGAACCGCUGGGAUCUUUAUUUUACCAACCAGGAGGAAGGAUCCAUGACUCAUUGGCUGGCGAUUAUCAACUCCUUGACCAUCUCGGCUGUCCUUGGAGUAACGGUGUUUGUCAUCUGGAGCCGAACCGUCCAGGGCGACAUUAAAGGCCGUGGCGAUGGUGCCAUGGAGGACCGUAAGCUCAAAGCGCAAUCUCGACGCAAGCGCUCCGGGGAGAAGAAGGGAGAAGGAUUGCUCGACAAUGCCGACGUCGAGAACGAAGCGGACAUGUCUUCGGAUGAUGAAUCCUUCGAAGACACCAGUGGCUGGAAGCUUCUUCACGGCGACGUUUUCCGAAUCCCCGCUUACAGCGGUCUUUUGGCUCCGCUUAUCGGUUCUGGCAUGCAGCUUCUUUUCAUGGCUACCGGUCUACUUCUCCUGAGCUGCCUGGGCAUUCUCAACCCCAGUUUCCGUGGUGGAUUCGUCAGCGUUGGCAUGGGUCUUUUUGUCUUUGCAGGUGUCUUCUCGGGCUACUUCUCUGGACGGCUCUAUAAGACCUUUGGUGGAUCGACCUGGCGAAAGAAUACCUUGAUCACCGCUCUGUUGUUCCCCGGGCUUUCGUUCUUCCUCGUAUUGGUUUUGAACCUGUUUGUUUGGGCUCAAGCGUCCAGUACUGCCAUCCCGUUCAGCACUCUGAUUGGCCUCCUAGCUCUUUGGCUGCUUAUCCAAGUUCCCCUGGUAUACAUAGGCAGCUGGGCUGGAUUUGUGCGUGCGACGGCCUGGGAGCACCCCUUGAAGACCAAUGCUAUCGCUCGGCAAAUUCCGCUCCAGCCUUGGUACCUGCGCAGUCCCGCCGGCCCUCUGUUGACCGGAUUGAUUCCAUUUGCCGUCCUCUUCAUCGAGCUCCUAUUCUUGUUCAAGAAUUUAUGGCAAGAUAAGAGCGGCUAUUACUACGUGUUCGGUUUUCUGAGUGUGGUUUCUACCGUACUCCUCGUUACCGUCGUUGAAGUGACGAUCAUUGCGACAUACAGCCAGCUUUGCUCCGAGAACUAUCACUGGUGGUGGCAGAGCUUUUUGACCGGCGGCAGUAGUGCAUUCUGGAUUUUUGCCUACUGCAUUUGGUACUACGCCUUCAAGCUUCACAUCACAGGAUUCGUAUCGGGGCUGCUCUUUUUCAGCUAUAGCUUUCUUGCCUGUGCUGUUUACGGGCUGUUGACUGGAACCGUUGGAUUCCUUGCAGCCUAUGCUUUUGUUCGGCGAGUUUAUAGUGCCAUUAAGGUUGAUUAA